ACAAGAUACGGCAACAUGUCGAUAAUUCCGGACGUUUUUAAGUGGCGCCAACAGAGGUUUAUCGUUACACCUAAGGACACGGAGUAUACUCUACGGUACCUUGGAAGCAUGCGGACCCUGGGGUCCCGGGGUAAAUCUUGCUGUGAUUACCCCAUCAGGAAGAUCUGGAAGAAUACAGAAUGUGGAGAGAGAUACGUCAAGGCAAAAAUGUACCUGGGAACGAAGGGAAUGCGACUUGUAAGAGCAGGAGGUGUGUCGAGCAGCGGAGAGAGGAAAGGAGACAGGGAGCAGUUCUUCCAUCUUCAUCGGAUCAAUUGUUGCAGAACGGACAGCCAGCAUCCCACGGUGUUUGCCUGGAUCUACCGUCACGAACUCCCUAGGCUGCAGGUUUCAUUGAGGGUCCACGUCGCAGCUUGCACCAAAGACGAUCAGGCCCUGGAGAUAGCGAGCACAAUAACCGAAAUGUAUAAAACAGCCUUCGAGCUUUUCAAACGCGACAAGGCCGCCAGCAAGACUAAACUCGAUCUCCUAGCCUCCACGACCAUCCACGACAGCCCCAGCCGCCAAAGCCUCCUCGAGAGAAGCUGGAGUGACGACAGCGACGACGCCGAAGACUAUGACGACGAAUUAGAAGAGGAGGAUACGAUCUCGAUGAGCGAGGCGUUGCCCCCGACGCCGCUACGUAGGAUCAUCAAUACUCGAUGUGCAUUCAAGCCGCCACUAGCCCAUCGUCUCAGUUUACAGACGCAGAUGCUCGUGAUUCGGGAGAGCCGCUACGAAGGCAAAGAGAACCCGAAGACAAGAUACAACUUCGAUAAGAUAGGGAUCCUGGAUAGUCCAUCUUUGAAACGAGAAGAGGAAAAGUUUGAGGAUUUCCAGCCGGCAGAAGUAGAGUUGUGA